AUGAAGCAUCACUGCAGUAUUAAACAUGACAUUUUUAAAGAGUUCUUGGCAGAAUUUCUUGGGACAUUUGUGCUGGUGCUGUUUGGCUGUGGCUCUGUAGCUCAGACUGUUCUGAGCAGAAAUACCCUGGGUGAGCCUCUCACCAUCCACCUUGGCUUUACCACUGGACUUAUGAUGGGUGUAUAUGUAGCUGGAGGGGUUUCAGGAGGUCAUCUAAACCCAGCAGUUUCUCUGGCCAUGGUCAUUCUGGGUAAAUUGAAGAUUUGGAAAUUUCCCAUUUAUGUCCUUGCGCAGUUCCUGGGAGCAUUUGCUGGAGCUGCAGGAGUUUUUGGGCUGUAUUACGAUGCGUUUAUGGAGUUUACCAGUGGAAUACUGUCAGUGACGGGCAUUAAUGCUACCGCACAUAUUUUUGCCUCUUACCCUGGAAGGCAUCUUUCAAUACUUGGAGGAUUUAUGGACCAGGUUAUUGGAACUGCUAUGCUUGUGCUGUGCAUCCUGGCCAUAACUGAUGACAAGAAUAUAGGAGCUCCCAAAGGAAUGGAGCCUCUGGCUGUAGGAUUGAUAAUUCUGGGCAUCAGUGUGUCCAUGGGCAUGAACUGUGGGUACCCUCUGAACCCUGCCAGGGAUCUGGGGCCCAGACUCUUCACUGCAAUGGCUGGUUGGGGGAUGGAGGUGUUCAGCACUGCAGAUUAUUGGUGGUGGAUCCCAGUGGCUGCACCCUUGAUAGGGGGCAUCACAGGUGCUGUAGUGUACUUCCUCCUAAUUGAGCUGCACCACUCCGACCCAGAUAAAGCCCAGCAGAACGCGGAGGAAGACGAGGAUGACGACGACGAUGAAGACAGCAGUCUAAAAGACAAAUAUGAAAUGAUCCAUAUGGGAUAAAAGACCAUAACUGACCACAGAA